AUGUGUCUUAAGACUCAGCACUUAAAAUUCCUCGAUAUCACAAACUAUCUGGCUCCGGGAUUUAGUUACGAACAGUUCCUCAAAGCGUACGAGUGCUCCCAGACCAAAGGCUACUUCCCGUACGAGUGGGUCGACUCCCUCGACAAACUCAAUCAUUGCUCCUUACCACCACGCGAAACCUUCCAUUCCACUCUAUCCGGAACCGACAUCACCGAGGAACAGUAUGAGUAUUGCCAGGGUGUAUGGGACGAACAGAAUAUGACAACUUUCCGCGACUUUCUCGUGUGGUAUAACAACCUUGACGUAGUCCCCUUCCUUGACGCAAUUGAUAAAAUGAGUAAUUUCUGGCAAGAAAGGAACAUUGAUAUGUUUAAGGACGGUGUGAGUGUGCCUGGCUUGACUAUGAAAUAUUUAUUUUCAAACAUUCCAGGCACCUACUUCUCCUUGUUCAGCGAGAAGGACAAGGAUAUGUAUUAUUCAAUGAAGGAUAAUAACGUAGGGGGGCCCAGCAUUAUCUUUAACAGAUACCACGAGAAAGAGAAAUCAUCCAUACGGAAGGAAGAAAUGCGAGCCAGAGGAAAAGAAUCGAAACCCUGCAAGAAUGUAGUUGGUUACGAUGCCAAUGCGCUCUACUUGUGGGCCAUCAUGCAAGAUAUGCCAACGGGGCAGUACACAAGACGGUUAGAGGAGGACGGGUUUAAGAAACGGUGGAGUGGGAAAAUGGCGAUCGAAUGGUUAGAAUGGCAAGCGUACAGUCGCGGCAUUAGUAUCAGACACGAGUACAACAAUACGGAGAAAAGAAUUGGCGCUCGUCGUCUCCCCGUUGACGGUUUCCACGCUGAAUCACAAACGGUGUUCCAGUUUCAUGGUAAGUUGAAAUUAGUUAAGAUUAAUUAGCUAGGAUUAAGUUAAUUGUGUGGGAGUGAGCUAAUGAGUUUUUAGCGAUUGCGUGGGCUUGCAGGAUAAUUUAUUUUUCUUUUGUAGGUUUAACUGUAUUGUACUUUAUUCUACUAGGAUGUUAUUGGCAUGGCCACAACUGCCAACUUAACGAAGGGAAAGAAGUCAACGAGAAACGUGAUAAGCCCAUGAAAGAACUCCUUGAAGAGACAAAAAGAAACAGUGCCUAUAUCACGAAGCAGGGAUUCAAUCUCGUUGAAUGUUGGGAAUGUGAGUGGCGAGAUAUGAAGAAACGAAACAGCGCGCUGCAACGAUUCAUCGCCACCCAUCUGCGUCGACCACUGGAUAAAGUGAAAACCAUGACCAAACAGUCCAUUAUCAACGCAGUGAAGAAUGAUAAACUAUUUGGAUGUGUGGAGUGUGAUAUCCACGUACCUGAGAGUUUGCGAGAAUACUUCAAAGAGAUGUGCCCCAUCUUCAAGAAUACCGAAAUACGUCGAGAAGACAUCGGUGAGUUCAUGAAGAGCUAUGCCGAAGAAAACAACAUCAUGCCCCGACCUCGGCGGAGUCUCAUUGGAAGUAUGAUCGGAAAGAAGAUAAUGUUGGCAACACCUCUUCUAAAAUGGUAUUUAGAACAUGGUUUAGAGGUACGUUUUAAAUAUUAAAAACUUGUAAAAUUGCAGGAGAAAAUGUUUAACAAAUUGUAUUAUCGUUUUAGGUAACACACGUCUACCAGAUAGUCGAGUAUACCCCUAAGCUAUGCUUCAAACCUUUCGGUGACGCUGUAUCGGAUGCUCGUCGUGCUGGUGAUGCAGACCCCUCCAAAGCCAUCAUCGCGGACACGAUGAAAUUGGUCGGGAAUAGGUGAGUUUUAAAAUCACGCUGUCGUGACGUAUUCAAGAAAUACUCAUUUUUUGUAUUUCUAUACAGCUCAUACGGGAAGACCAUCACCAACAAAGAGCGUCAUCGCAAGGUGGAUUACUGCAACGAUGAUGAGGUUUCUGAAUUAAUCAACUCACCAUUCUACCGCCAAGUGAACGUGAUCGACGAUGACACCUACGAAGUGGAAAGUGCUAAGAAGAAAAUUAAGUUGGACUUACCACUACAGGUAUGUAUUGCAUGAUCAUUUUGUCAUUAGAAAUAUAAAUUAAUAAAUUAUUCUUAUUUUACAGGUGGGGUUCUUCGUGUACCAGUAUGCGAAACUCCGAAUGUUACAGUUUUACUACGACUGUUUAGAUACGUACCUUGACCGUUCCGAUUAUGAGUAUUGCGAGAUGGAUACAGACAGUGCCUAUAAAGUGUUGAAGAAUUGGUCAAGCCUGGUUUAA